AUGGCGAACGCUUCGACCGAAACCCGGGACCUCUACGGCAUCGUGGACAUGGGCAGCAAUGGCAUACGAUUCUCGAUAACAGACCUCUCCCCCCAUGCCGCGCGCCUCAUGCCCAUCCUAUUCCAAGACCGAGCCGGCAUCUCGCUCUACGACGCGCAAUUCUCCGGCCCCACGCGGGGCCCAAUCUCACCCCCCACCACCGGGGAAGUCAUCCACCGACUGGCCCAAUUUCAACUCACCUGCGACGAUUUCCAAGUACCCAAGGAGAACAUCUACGUCCUAGCUACAGAGGCGACCAGGACGGCCUCAAACUCUGAAGAAUUCAGAGCGCGAAUCAAAGAAUAUACCGGGUGGGAAGUCACUCUCCUCUCGAAGGAAGAUGAAGGGAGGAUAGGGGCAUUAGGGAUCGCGAGCAGCUCUGCCUCCGUGGCAGGUAUCGCCAUGGAUCUAGGGGGCGGAAGCACCCAGAUCACAUGGGUGAUGGAGUCAGAGGGCACUGUUACGACGAGUCCGAAGGGCUCGUUCAGUUUCCCGUAUGGAGCCGCGGCGUUGACGAAACGGUUAGAGGAGGCACAGAAACAAGGGAAAGAUGCUGUGAAAGAGCUCAAGAGUGAGAUGACUCGGAAUAUCCAGGACGCGUAUCGCCAGCUGGAUGUCCCCAACGCGCUGGUAGAGAUGGCCCGCAGGCGAGGCAGGUUCGAUCUAUAUCUCUGCGGCGGGGGGUUCCGCGGCUGGGGGUACGUACUGAUGAAGCAGAGCAAAGUGAACCCGUACCCGAUCCCCAUAAUCAACGGAUUCCGCGUCAAGAGAGAAGACUUCCACGAUACAGUCUCAGUCCUGGAAGUGAUUUCCGAUUCCGACGAGAAGAUCUUCGGCGUAUCAGAACGCCGCGCCUCCCAGAUCCCCGCCGUGGCCGUUCUCGUGGACGUGAUCAUGGACGCAUUACCGGAGAUCACUCACAUCCAGUUCUGCCAGGGCGGCGUUCGCGAAGGAUACUUAUUCGACCGACUAUCCAGCGAAGUGCGAGCCCAGGACCCCCUCCUCGCAGCAACAGUGCCAUACGCACCCCCCUCAGCAAACGCAAUCAGAGACCUCCUCCAAUCAGCACUACCCACUUCACCUUCACCCAUCGCCUCAAUCCACCCUCCCCCAUCCUUCACCCCGAACCUAAUCGCAGCCAUAACUAACCUCCUCUACGCCCACUCCCAAGUCCCCCGUGAAUCCCGCUCCGCCGCAGCCCUCCACAGCACGACGACGGGCCUCCUCUCCUCCACGAACUGUCUCUCCCAUGUCGAACGAGCCCUCAUUGCCCUUGUGCUUUGUGAGCGCUGGACUGGAGACCUAGCGCCCAUGGACCAGGCGUACCAUAAGCAACUGAGUCGGUGUCUCACGGCGCAGGAGGUAUGGUGGGCUCGGUAUCUGGGGAGAGUAGCUGUUCUGGUCGGGGACGUGUAUCCUGCUGGGAGGGUGGAGGGCCAGUGGCGGAUCCGGAUUGAGACGCAGUGGGAGGAGAUCGAGAAGAAGGAACGGCGUGAUUUGUUGAGGGUGAAUGUGUGGAAGAAUGUGAGGUUUUUUGAAGUGCUAGAGGAGGAUAUGUUGCGGGAGAGGACGGAGAAGGUUGAGAAGGUUGGGAAGAGGAAGAAGUGGGUAAGCGAGUAUGGGGUCAAGGUUAAGGUGAGUAUUCUCUAG